AUGUCGAACCCGUUGGACACCGACGCCGGCUCGGAGCUCUUCAGCAGCUACGAGACCGAGCUAAAGCUGGUGCAAGCCGAUUUGAAUCAGAAGCUGGACCAGAUCGCCGAGUCAAGCGGUGAGCAACGAAAGUCAGCAAUCAGGCAAGCCGAGAGAGCCCUGGAUGAAGCCACGGAAUUGCUAGAUCAAAUGCGCAUGGAGAAACAGAACAUCCCCUCAGCAGCACGAUCGAAGAUCAACACGCGCGUUCGCAACUACGCUACCGAUAUCGAUGAGGCAAAGCGCAAGUUGAGGUCUCUCUCCGAUGACCGCAAGGCGCUCUUCGGCGACCGCUAUACAGAUGAUCCGCAGGACGAACAUCUGGAACAAAGACAACAGCUCCUGUCUGGUACGGAGCGGUUGGAGCGCAGUUCCGCCCGGCUCCAGGAGAGUCAGCGCAUCGCCCUUGAAACGGAGGAUAUUGGUCGCAACACCUUGGCCGACUUGAACCAACAGCGUGAGACGAUUAUGAAUGCGCGGGGUCGACUGCUCGAGAGCGAAGGAUAUGUGGACACCAGUAUCAAGACACUAAGGGGCAUGGCCCGUAGGUACUGUCCCCCUAGUUCUCAAGGACAUUUGCUUCACUGCUUAUCGCAGCCACUUGAUGUCCAUAUACUUACUGUCUUCUAG